AACAUUCUCUUCAAUCUGAACCAAGGGACAUCACAAGACAAUGGAUGAGAGAGAAUUUGGAGAGAUAACUGUCCAGCUUGAGCAGGAAGCAACGCUCCGCGAGAAGCUGAAGGACGAGUCAUCAAAGCUCGAUCAAAAAUCUCGUUCAAUGCAAGGAAUCAUGAAUAAGAUCCAUGCUACGCCCACUUCUCAACUUCCCAAACUCAUCGAAACUGUCAAACCACUGAUUGAAAGCUGUAAACAGAAUGCGAAGGCGAUGGCUGAGAUCGUGCCUCCAAAUAGCUUUUGGAGGUGGAAGAACACGUGGGCGCAAUCAAUACAAGGCAUUGUCUUCGUCCUAGCGCUAUGCAGAUUCUUGGAGAAAGGUACUCUUAUUACACUAUCAGAGGCGAACGAAGCGAUCGGAGUGCAAGAGGAAUGGAGCGACCGAUUUACGAUCGCUACCGAGGACUACCUGCAGGGUAUUAUCUCACUUGUGAAUGAGCUUUCUCGACUAACAGUGAACGCGGUGACCCUGGGUGACUUCGACGCACCUUUCCGCAUAUCGAUAUUUGUCAAGGACUUAUUCGCGGGAUUCUCACUGUUGAACUUAAAGAACGAUGGUAUGAGGAGGCGGUUCGACUCACUCAAGUACGAUGUGAAGCGUAUCGAAGAAGUAGUGUAUGACGUGUCUUUGCGGAAGUUAAACAUGUAAACCACUAGUGACGAUGAACCAAUGAACUAAGCCUGAAAUGUGCCCAUGCCACAAAUAUGUAUAUACAGUAUAAGUUAUGUGUACAUUGACCUGCGGCCCGAUGAGAAUCCAAGUACAUUGCAAUCCGAUCUCGUUGUACAAGCCGAGUCUAAGGAGGACCAGGCCUUGAUACUACAUGCUUUCCUUCCAGAUCUCCGGUUAUCAUGACCCAGGGUAAGGAAUGACCAUAAGUACACUGACGUCUCGAAUCAUGUCGUUGUCGCCGUCAAACUUGAGUUUAUAGACAGACUUUUCGGUAAUCGGAGGUUUCGGUGGCUGGUGUACGAUAGCGCGGUAGAACGCAGAUGUGUCCGGAAAAUGUCCCAGUAUCGUAGUUCCUGCGAGGAAAGGUCCAUAUGAACUGAAAUGACCUGGAGUGUUGGGCCCUGCAUUCGGGUCUGGCAGUGGGAUGAGCGAUCGAGCUGUUGUGGUCCAUGUCCCUGGGUGUUUUGGAUCUUCUGGCUCCGCAUCCUGCACGGUAUAGACCGACGGAUUCUUCCUGCCACGUUUAGUGACAACAGCGAUAAUCCAUUCGCCCUCUUCGUCUUCUGGUUCGGGCUCUGGCGUUUCUGUCGCUCGACGCCGUAUAGCUUCUUCUCUGAGUGCUUUCUGACCACCCUCAUCUUUCCUCGAUUGUCGGUAUGCAACACGGCGCCCUUCUGGUAGCGGAAACUGCAUUGCAAUGGUGUCUUUUCGUGUCUUGACUUUCCCUUGUGAUCCACUUGUGGCGGCACGAGCCGUUGCGUUGGUGACGGGAGGAGUUCCGCGACCGGAGACAGGAGGCGAUAGUCGCUGGCGUUUGCGACGAUUUUCGUGAGCCUCCUGUGGUGCGGUUCUUAGUGCUUUGAAUACAGACAAAUCUUCAAGAACCUGGUUGAUCAAAGUUUCCUCUGCCUCUGCGGAAGCUCUGAUCUGACUGAUAGCAAUAUGCAGCUUCAAGUUUGCCUGUUCUGCGCGCUCGGGUGUGGCCUUGAAGAAUGACGUCUCCGUUAAGAUCUUCUCAGCCCACUUGUUGAAGUUGUGCAACGCUGAGUGCCGCUCCUGGUCC